AUGAAAGUUUAUGCGACGCUAGUUAUAUUAUUCUUCUUACACCAAACCUGUAAGUCAUAUAACAACCCGCCUAAUGUUGGUUCUGUAAUAUUUACUCCCAACGACUUGGAAAAAUUGCAAUGGACUAAAACGGAGCUUGAAGUACUAAGAGCUAGACGACACUUCCAAAACUUAAUACCACCUCCACAAGAAACGUAUACGCUAUCCGAUGAAUAUUUAAGUGAACUAAUAGCUUAUGUACAGAAUUGUUUCAACACAGUUGCUUUAGAAGCUCAGAAUCAACAAGAACAAGAGGUAAUGAACAAUGCUCUGUCAGAUGUAAUCGGAGGAUAUUUAAAAGUGUGGGUGCUACCUAUAACUAAAUUCGCCUACUACGGAGGAACAGUCAGCCCCGACAGCGCAACGAAGUUAUUUAAAAUGUACGAUGAUAUCAAACAAAGUCUCAAAACGGACGGUCGAUCUUGGCGCAGUGCAAAUGACAACUUGCUCCAAUCAGUGUCUAUUAACAUAGCAUCGAAACCACACGAAUGGUUCACGAGAAGCGCUCAUGAUACCUGUGAUAAUCUCUCCUACUAUGAGAAGACAGAUAAAGGAUUAACAAUACCGCUGCCUUAUAUAAACUGGGACCUUUAUCCAAAAACGAUGUUUGUUCCUUUAAAGGACCAAUCGCUGAUCCAAUUGAAUUCUCCAAAUUCGUCGAGUGCUCUCGUGGAUUACUACAAUAUAGCGACGGGUUGUAUACAUUCCCUUAACAUGGGCAGCAUCGAUGAUUUUGGUACACGUUUCCAAAUAUGGCUAUCAUCAGAUGUCUUACCGCAUUUAAAAGAUGAUGAUCUCUACAUAGCAUUUGGUAGCUGUCUAUCAUUACUAAACAAGACGAAGAGUGUCUACAACGAUGUGCUAAAUGUUUGCGAUAACGCCUAUUUAAAGUUGCAGACCAAAGCACUGUCAGCCGGUUUUCCCAUUAAAUUUACAAAAAAGACCGCCUUUAUCGGUUUAAUACUAUUUAUAGAAAUAAUAUGGUGUAUACCAAUUUUGUAUUAUCUGUUGUGUGUCAGAAGACAGGCAAAGAAGAAGCGUGACGUGGGUCAAUUUUUCCAGUAUUUCAAAAAAGGUGCAAAGAAUUUACAUGGUGUGAAAUUAUUUGUUAAACCGAGAGCAAGAAAUUUAGAACUUGACGUAGAAUUUCCAAGAUACACACACGGACACAAGCAUAUUAUGAAAUCGGCAUCUACAAACAUGUCUCCUAAUGACGUUUAUGAUAAUGUGACACACGUUAAUGAAUCCACAAGGAAACUGUCCUCCAAAAAAGUCAUAACUUGUAAUAACAUUACUUCGGGACAAAAAUCUGCUAUUCUAAAACUUUCUAAUCACCAUAGUAACAACCGUCAUUCUACACCUGACAAUAAUUCAUUGAUACAACAUAUUGUAUGUUCCUGUCCUCCAGUGGAUAAUAGUUUGAAACCUAUUGGUUCAUUUACUGAUGCCUCAACUAAAACAAUCACGGUCAUAGAAGAAAGCGAAAUUAAAAACUUGUCAUACACUCAUGCGACUUUAUCUUUAUCAAAAAGUUCAUGUAAUUGUGAAGUUAACAAGAAAACAGAUAGCAAAACAUACUCAAACACCAUAUCACCUUCUAGUGAGAAAAUGCUUCCAUGUACAACCUGUGUUAGUAAUAGACUACAAAAAAUUACAGGACUUAAUAAAGAUGUAAAUAAGAAAUCUUCUUCUUCUCAAAAUAAAGCAAAUAAACUUGUGAAAUCCAAAAAUUCAAUGAGCACCAAAUUACCUAAAGAGAACAAAGUGGGUGGUAAAAUAAGUCGGCAAAGUAAAGACAUUCAUCAUAUUACUAUAAGAAAUCCUUUAAAUACCGUGGAGGAAACUGUAAAAGACGCAAAUAUGAUCGUAAAUGAUAAAGUUAACCUAACAAUAGAUUCGAAAUCAAAUAAUUCUCCAACAACACACAAUAAAACUAGCCUAAAUGAUACAAAGACAGCUUUCAAAAAUAAAAUGUAUGAUUUGCACGCAGAAUCUAAAAAAAUAGAUAACGUUAAUGUAACUUCUGAAGCAAAAUUCGAAUACUAUUGA